AUUUGUGUAUAUAUAGGCCUUGGUAACAUACCUAUAGGCACUUUCAGACGCUGUUGUCUUUAACAUUGUAGGCUUUCCAGCUCUCCCAUACUCCUCCAGCUCAAAAAUGAAGGUUUUUAUCGUCCUCGCCGUUUUGGUGGCAGUUGUCUCAUCUCAAAGUGUUGAUCCCUUGGCCAAGCCCAUCCCCUAUUCCUUCAGCUACACUUCCAACACUGAAGAUGGGGGCAGUAGUGGUCACCAGGAAAAUGGCGAUGGAGCUGGACGAGUGACCGGAUCUUACACCGUGACCGAUCUUGAAGGACACAACAGAGUUAUCGAGUACAUUGCUGACGAAAAUGGUUUCAGAGCUACCGUCAGGACCAACGAACCAGGUACUGCCAACCUCAACUCUGCUGAUGUGAAAAUGGAAUCCACUGGUGACGAUAAUGGAAUCGCUGCUGCCUAUGCCGGAACUCUCCCUGCUGCCGCCCCUGCACCAGCAGUCGCCCCAGUCACCUCUGGACGACCUGGAGUCCGAUACGUCUUAGUUCCAGUCACUGACCCUAGAGCACGAGGAUAUUAUUAAAUUAAUUAAUUAAUGUUUUUUUACGGUCAUAAUAGCUUUAUUGAAGACAAAUAUAUCUCGGAGUAGAUUAUUAUAAAGAAUAUAUCCAUUUUAUGUGCCAUGUACCUGUCAGUAGUUGUUAUUAUUUGUGCAUGUAGAGUCGCUUGCUUU